AUGUUUAGUAUAAAAUUUGCCAAGCGUUUGAUGCAACACCCGGAUAUUGUCGAACAUCGUCGUUACAAGGAUUCGAAUGAUAAUUUGACCGGUAAAAAAUAUUUGAAACAAAGAGCAGGAAGUUCAUACACCGUCUCAUCGAGUGAUGAAAGCGAUGAAGAAGAAGAGGAUGCCGAUCAAAUAUGUUAUUCGGUUCUAUGUGUCUUCUCCUAUGUGGCUGCGGGACAAGAUCAAAAUCAAAAGAAAAAUCCUGUUGUUAUUACACCACAAAUACAGGAUAUACAUGCCCAGCAGAAGCAACAACAUCAACAGCAGCAGCAACAACAACAGCAUCAUACAGCCACAUCUACGACUGCAGGUGGCUCCACAACCACCACCUUAUCUUGCUCCAGGACAACAACACAUUUGCCUUCGCAGCAACAGAAUAGCAAUCGCCAGCAGACCAUAACCAUACGUCACACCCAGCCAAUGCAAAAGCCAAGCAUUACAACAUCCACGGUGCAGCCUCAGUCACGUUUGGUUCAUACCAAUGCUAGGACUCAUACCACGGCUACCACAACAAUUUCAUCAACAAAUGCCAGGGGUGCCAUACAACAACAGCAGCAGCAACAACACCCUCCUCCAUCAUCACACCAAUAUCAACCACAACAACAACACCACCACCAUCAACAACCCCAACACCAAACCACCACAACAACUUCCCACAAACAAUUACAAAAAUCUACAUCGGAGAAAAUCUCCUCGCAGCCCAAGGCCCACCCACCACUGGGGGCCCGCAAAAGCAGCAGUGUUUCACAAACUGGCCCUCUGCCACAACUACCACCUCGCAUACCAUCACAACAUUCUACAGAAAGUUUGGUGGCAACAUCGCCCACACCCUCCACCGGUUCUACGGGACGGACUUCACGUGGUCCACCACCAGGCCCCCCACCUGCCAUUCCACCCCGGACAGGUGCCAUAGCUCGCAGUGGUUCAGUACAACAUUCCACCAUGCCCACAAACCAAAUGUCAGGAGGUGGCGGUGUUCGCCCCUUUGUACGACAAAUUUCCACCAACUCUACACCACCCCAAUAUACACCCCAACCACCACCGGCAUUUGUCAUACCCAAACGUCACACCACCAUGCAACGCGCCUCAUCCAUGGCCACACCAAAUCCAACGAUUAUUAACACUGCCGCUUUGUUCACCACUUGCAUGACAGCAGGCACCGCCUCAUCGGCAGCCAAUACCUCUGCUGCGCCCUCAACAACCAGUACCACUCCCUCACCCUCCUCAAUACCCUCCCCCUACAACAAUCUACAAAAACGUCCUUCAUAUGGCAGUGUAAGUUUGGGUUCCUCACUAUCCACCUCGCCCGGUUCAAAUGGUGGUGGCAGUGGUGGCGGUAGCAGCUCCACAUCGCCCCAAGGUGGCGGGAAGGACAGUUGGAAAGAUAGCGGGAAAGAUGGUGGCAAGGAUUUGAGCCACAAGGAUGCGAGCCAUGCAGCUGGCAGUAAUUCUGCUUCUGGUGGUGGUGGAGGCGGUGGUCGUUCUGGUGAUGAACCUCAUUCUCGGGAAGCUUGCCGUUCCAUGUGUCUACCUUGGCUAUAG